GUUAGCAUCGACGUCAAGCGCUGCCCUGAGUGACUUUUUGACGUCCGUUUAAGGGUCCACGCCUUGCAUGAAGAUACCCCCACGACCGAUGCUGCCGAUGGCUCUUGCUGUUGGCAUCCUUAUGAGUUCUGCCGCUCACGAUGCCAUUUUCUCUGUGACGGUACCACAUACAACCUGUCAGUACAUAAGCAGACUUUAGAUUCAUAUCUCCCAGACCCUCAAAAGGACCUUUCGAGUCGGACUCAGAAAGAUCUCGAAACUACUAGUUGAACGAGCCUCCUUUGUAUAUCUCAUCGACGGCCGAUUCUCCUGUUAUUAGACGGCUUAUGGGCGAAAACAUGCUUCUCGAAGAAGAAACCCUCAGCUCUUGCCGGACGAGCGAUUCACCCUCUCCGAACUUGCAGAAAGCAACAAUGAAAAUCGUCUACGUCGUCAUCGACACCUGCUACGCGACCUUGGCCGACUUCGAUCAGGGAAAGGGAUCGACAAACAUCGACUCAGUGCACACCACAUCACAGGCUGCUAACGUUCGUGCCAAAAAGGUCAUGUUCGCUCGUACCAAUCCUGGCGACAAAUGCGAAAUAGAUCAGGACAAAAUCCUCGAGGAGAUCAAGGACGGGCUCUACACUGGAAUCGGCCUUGGCGGAAACAAAAACACUGGAUGCUAUGCGAAAAAGUGCGAGGUUGAGGCCAAGCCUAUAGACAUUGAGGACGAUGGCAGCAGUGAGGAAGAUCAUGAUGGUGUGGAUUGGAACAUGGGAUGAACAUACA